AUGCACUGUGACUUGUUCCUCUUCAAGUUCUGCUCAAGUGGCAGCUGCUACCCACCCACUGGCAACCUGCUCAUUGGCCGUGGCCAAAGGCUUAACGCCUCAUCCACCUGUGGCCGCCGUGGCCCUGAACCCUACUGUGUUGUCACCCAGCUGCAGGACUCCGAGAAUUGCUACUUCUGUGACCCUGGGGCCCAGCGAGGCCACAGCAUUGAGAACGUGAUUUCCUGGAGUAGCCGUGGUGGCAAGAAGACCUGGUGGCAGGCAGAGAGUGGUGUGGAGAAUGUCACUAUCCAGCUGGACCUCGAGGCUGCCUUCUACUUUACCCACCUUGUUAUGACUUUCAAGACGUUCCGCCCAGCAGCUCUGCUCCUUGAGCGCUCGGUGGACCAUGGCUACUCCUGGCACUUGUAUCGCUACUUUGCCCACAACUGCUCAGGCCUCUUCCCUGGGGUCCCUCCUGCCCCUGGUCGCAGGCUCAGUGACAUCGUCUGUGACCAGCACUACUCGGACAUUGAGCCUUCUACUGAGGGCAAGGUAAUUUUUGAAGUUCUGGACCCAGCCAUUGAGGUGGAGGACCCAAACAGUCCUGAGAUUCAGGAGCUCCUGCACAUAACGAACAUCCGUGUGAACUUCUCAAAACUACACACGCUUGGUGACAGGCCACUAAGGAGCCUCAAGGGACACCCUUUCUACUACUAUGCUAUCUAUGAGCUUGUGGUCCAGGGCAGCUGCUUGUGUCAUGGCCAUGCCUCUGAGUGUAGGCCAGCACCAGGAGCCUCCACCAACACGGAAGGCAUGGUGCAUGCACACUGCGUCUGCCGCCACCAUACAGCUGGUGCCAACUGUGAGCGCUGCCAGGCCCUAUACCAGGACCACCCAUGGCAUGCAGCAGAGCCUGGGCACCCUCAUCCUUGCAAGAAAUGCGAGUGCCAUGGGCAUGCCCGUAGCUGCCACUUUGACAUGGCCCUGUACCUGGCAUCUGGCAACGUGAGUGGAGGUGUUUGUGAUGCAUGUCAACACAAUACAGCCGGGCGCCAUUGUCAGCUCUGCCGGCCAUUCUUCUACCGAGAUCCCCAGGAAGAUCCCCGUUCCCCUCGCUCCUGCCGAUCUUGCAACUGCGACCCUGAGGGUACUCUGGAAGGGGGUUUAUGUGACACCCACACAGAUGAGACCCGCGGCCUUCUCUCUGGGCAAUGUCGCUGCAAAGAUCAUGUCUGGGGCCCACGCUGUGAGUCCUGUCGACCUGGUCACUAUGGCCUGAACACCACUCAGUCAGAAGGCUGUCAGCCUUGCAGGUGUGACUCCCGGGGCCGGGUCCCUGGCACUCAUGCCUGUGACCCUUCCAGUGGUACCUGCCACUGUAAACGCUUUGUCUCUGGACGGGACUGCAGCCGUUGUCUGCCCGAGUUCUGGGGUCUGAGCAGCGACCCUCCAGGCUGCCGGCCCUGUGACUGUGACUUUGGGGGUGUUCUGCAGGGGAAGGUCUCUGCUUGUGCCGCCCUCACCUCCGUGGCCGCCGCUGCCAUGAACUCCAGUCAGGGCAUUUCUGUGCUGGCCUGGAUCAGGCCACAGCUGAAGCUGAACUUGGCCAGCAUCUCCAGCCAACUGACCCCCGGCUGCCUGGAACCCCUUGGCCCACUCCUCCUCACUGUGCACAAGCCCGAGGGACCUCUGCCCGCUGGUUCCAGCCCCGGCUUUGGAGACAGCGUGACCCUAGAUGCCCCAGCAGAUCCCCGGUCUCAGGACCAGAGUGCUGGUCCAGUGCUGUGGAAUGUCUCCAACUUUGCACGGGUGGCCGACGGAGCUGGCCUCUUCCUGUUGGCACCUGCAGUGCCUCGUGCCCUGGAAUAUGACAUUGUCCUUCGAUAUGAGAUUCAAGUCGUGCUCCUGCCUCGAGUAGAGGAAUUGCCUGGGAUGCGCUUGGUGGACCCUGGAGCCAUGCAGCGUCUACAUGAGCUCCGCCAGGCUGGCUGCAUGGAGUUGGCAAGGAUGGGCCCCUCCAGCACCAUGUCUGAGGCCUGCACCCGUCUGGUCUGCAGCAUCUCAGCCUUACUCCAUGGAGGCGGCCUUGAGUGCAGCUGCCAUGCUGAGGGUGCCACCAGUGCCAUCUGCAAUCCUCAGAGUGGGCAGUGCCCGUGCCGGGCAGGCCUUGCUGGUCGCCGCUGUGAUCACUGCCUCCCUGGCCGGUGGGGAUUCCCACAUUGUCACCCCUGUGCCUGCAAUGGUCAUGCUGAGCUGUGCCACCCACUUACUGGCAUCUGCCAGGACUGCCAAGGGGCCACCACGGGGCGGCACUGUGAGAGGUGCCAGGAUGGCUAUUAUGGAGACCCUGUGUUGGGCUCGGGCCAACAGUGCCGACCUUGCCCCUGUCCUGGGUACCCUGGCUCUGGCCUCUAUUACGGGAGUUCCUGCCACAUGGACAACAUGAGUGGGCGUGUCCUGUGCCUUUGUGUGCCUGGCUAUGCAGUGGACGCUGCCAGCGCUGUCUUCACCACAGCCAUGGCCCUGGCUGUGCCCACUGCAAGCCUGGCUUCUAUGGCAGUGCCCUGCGCCCAGGGGGCUGCAGGCGUCAGCGGGCAAUGCCUCUGCCGCCCCCAUACACUGGGGCGGGACUGCAACCGCUGUGCCCCUCUCUUCUGGAACCUGGGCGGCCCCCAGGGCUGUGAGCCCUGUGAUUGCCAUACCCAGCAUGCUUUGCGGCCUGUGUGUCACCCAGUCACAGGUCAGUGCCCCUGCCGGCCAGGUUUUGGGGGCCGCACAUGCUCUCAGUGUCGGGACGGGUACUGGGGUGACCCAGAGCAAGAGUGCAGAGCCUGUGCCUGUGACCCCCAAGGCUCCAUUUCACCCAGCUGUGACCCGCACAGAGAUGAAGGUGCAGAUGUGGCAAGUAUAGAGCUGGUGGCAUGGGAUGCACUUGAAGUGCCCCUUCUCCAAGGUGAGCCAACAGGUGUUGCCCACCUAUUGGAUCAGAUUCAAGGUUACCUCCCUGCACCAGGCGCUGUGGGCCAGGAGGUGCACAGAGCUGAAGGCAUCCUCGAACAAGCACUGCAGACCAGAGAGGGUACAGCCAAGGUCCUGGACCAAAUGCUGGAUGUUCAAGGGGCACUAGCCAAGGUGGGCAGUCACACCAGAGCUGCAGAGCAAGGGUUCCAAUUGGCAAAGCAGGCACUUCGACGCUUGGAGGCCAGUGUGCAGGAGGCAGCAGGGCAGAUGGCUCUGGCAGUAGAUGUGACUCCAGUCCUGGGUCAUCUGUUCGAGGCUGCCAAAGCCCUCAGGAUGUGUUUAGCCCUGAAUCAGCAGCAGGCUCAGGACGCAGAAGAAUGGGCAGUCAGAGCUGCAGGCAUCACUGGGGGCCUGGGCAAGGACUUGCAGGUAGCCUGGUUAGGUAUGGCAGAGCUGCAGGAGGGCACAUCUGGCUUGGUGACAGUGGUGCAGGACACCAAAGUACGAAUUCACCACAUACAAGCUGAGGCCCAAGAGCUGCUGAAGAGGACACAGAGUAUCUGGAACCGCCUGGAGAGGCUGGAGCAUCGCCUGGUGCACAACGAGCGGACACUGAGCAAGAAGGCAGCCACCCUGCAAGCCCUGGAACAGCGGGCUAUGGAGCUGCUGGAGUAUAUGCGACUGGGUGCCAACAUCUAUGCCACCUGCUGA